AUGGCGCAAAUAAAUGGAACAAAAAACAGAAGAGAGCCAAACGAGAGAAUCAAAGAUAUAAUACCGCAGCUGAGAAAGUAUACAGCACAGAGAAUAGGAGGGAGCGAGACAAUCAGGUGUCUAAGAGAUACGCUGAAAGACGUGGGGCUGAAGUGGAAGAAAACGAAGACUCCGUACAGACACCAGAAGGUCCUCAGAAGCAGAGAAAAGAAGGAAGAGAUAGAGACAAGAGAAAGUCUGAGGGAGCAGGGAAUAAUAAUAAAAAAGAAAGAAAACAGAAAAGAAAAAAUAAUGAAAAAAAGAAAAUACUAG